GCCGUGCGAGUGGCUGAGACGACGGCGCCGGAGUCCCCGGCAGGUCCCUCGGUGCCCGGGCCGAGCGGAGGCCACCGGAGCCUGGACGUGAGAUCCCGGACAGGAGGAGGGAGCCCCUGUUGACGCACAGCAGCCAUGGACUUGGAUACCAAAAUGAAGAAGAUGGGCUUAGGUCAUGAACAAGGAUUUGGAGCACCCUGUUUAAAAUGCAAAGAAAAAUGUGAAGGAUUUGAACUGCACUUCUGGAGAAAAAUAUGUCGUAACUGCAAGUGUGGUCAAGAAGAGCACGAUGUUCUCCUGAGCAACGAAGAGGAUCGGAAAGUGGGGCGGCUCUUUGAAGACACCAAGUACACCACCCUGAUCGCCAAGCUGAAGUCGGACGGAAUUCCCACGUACAAACGCAACGUCAUGAUACUGACCAACCCAGUUGCUGCCAAGAAGAAUGUCUCCAUCAACACCGUCACCUAUGAGUGGGCGCCUCCUGUCCAGAACCAGGCAUUGGCCAGGCAAUACAUGCAGAUGCUGCCCAAGGAGAAGCAGCCGGUGGCAGGCUCGGAGGGGGCACAGUACCGAAAGAAGCAGCUGGCAAAGCAGCUCCCGGCACACGACCAGGACCCUUCCAAGUGCCAUGAGUUGUCUCCCAAAGAGGUGAAGGAGAUGGAGCAGUUUGUGAAGAAAUACAAGAACGAGGCGCUGGGCGUGGGAGACGUCAAACUGCCCUAUGAGAUGGGGACUCCAGGCAUCGACAAACUCUACCUCCCUGCGGGGGACAGAGGCACCCCGGCAGUCACGGGGGCUGCAGAGAGCAAAUCUGCCGAGCAAAAAAGAACACAGUAUUUCUGCUCUUCCUGCAAGCUGCUCAUGAAGGAAGGCGAGCCCGCCGUCUACGCCGAGAGGGCUGGCUAUGACAGGCUGUGGCACCCAGCCUGCUUCACCUGCAGCGCCUGCUCGGAACUCCUGGUUGACAUGAUCUAUUUCUGGAAGAACGGGAAGCUGUUCUGCGGCAGACACUACUGUGACAGUGAGAAGCCCCGCUGUGCCGGCUGCGAUGAGCUGAUUUUCAGCAAUGAGUACACCCAGGCAGAGAACCAGAACUGGCAUCUGAAACACUUCUGCUGCUUUGACUGUGACGGCAUCCUGGCUGGGGAGAUCUACGUGAUGGUCAGCGACAAGCCUGUGUGCAAGCCGUGCUACCUCAAGAACCAUGCCGUGGUGUGUCAAGGAUGCCACAAUGCCAUCGACCCAGAAGUGCAGCGGGUCACCUACAACGACUUCAGCUGGCAUGCGUCCACCCAGUGCUUUCUGUGCUCGUGCUGCAGCAAGUGUCUCAUCGGGCAGAAGUUCAUGCCCGUGGAGGGCAUGGUUUUCUGUUCAGUGGAGUGUAAGAAGAUGAUGUCUUAGAAGAAGAGCACUGAGCAGUCUUGAGCCAUUAUCUAUCCAAGGGGGCAUGCAUUUCUACUGUAAAGUGCAAUUUCAAAACAUAAUAAUAAAAGGAAAAGAAACAGUUAAGGAAAGCAAGAGAUUUCGUUCGAUAUCCUUCUUUGCUGUUUUUCCUUUUCAGUUUUUUUUUUCCUGCUUAGUUUUUAAAACCUGUUUGAUUUUAGAAGCAUGUAAAGACUUGUCUUUCUUUAGCUUUCCAAAAAUGAAAUCUUUGAAUUGGAAGCUUGGGCUUGUUAAUCUCCAUAUCUCUCCUGCCCUUGUUCUGUACAUGGAAUAUCUACUACUUCAGGGCUAGAGUGCUGCAUGGAAAGAUGGGUGAUUCGAGUUCUGUGCUCUUUCCCCCUCAUGUCUAAAGGGAAAAGGAAAUUAAAUGUGCCCUGAUGCUGAGACUACAUUAUUUGCCUGAUGUCAUUCAGUGCAUUGUUCUUGACGAAGCAGAGAUGCGAUGUAGUGUUUAGAGCUGCUAUUUUAAUGCCUAUGCAUUUGCUAUUUCCUGAUUUAAGCAGAAGUAGCACUUUCUUUACUGCAUUUCUCUAUUUUUUUAUUUACCCUACCUCUCAGUAUUGGUUACCUCCAUAUAUAUGUGGCCUUGAAUAUUUGAUUAUCACAUGUGGCAUAAAAGCAUCCAUACUUGUUUAUUUCUAUGGAUGAGUUUCGACCUAGAUAUAAAAAGCAAGCCAUUCACUUUAUAGUGUUUUCAAUUCAGACAGCAUAUAUAGUUUUUUAUACCCAAGGAACUAUGACUUGUCCCAGCUGCACUUGUCUGCUUUGGUUUGGAAGAGAUUUUUUUGCAUGGCUUUUAUUUUUAUCUAACAGAUACCCUCUUGUGUUACAUCUACGCCUGUUGCUGGAUCUAUAGAAUGUCUUAUUUGCCAAAAAUUUCCAUUCUUGGAUAUUUCUGAUGUUUACUUUUCUCUAUUAUACUCCCACAUAUAGCUGUGCACUAUGACAAUUAAAUGGGAACGAUUGAUAUGUAUGCUAUUAUUCAAAAUAAAGUCUUUCACUUUAA